ACUUGCCUCGUGACGUAGAGCAUCUGCGCCGAGACAGCGGCACGUGUUUUGUUUUCGUGAGAGUUGUGCGUGUCGCCGGUCCUGACAAAUUCAACUGUUUCUGUCGCGGAGUCGGGCGGAAAGCCGCAGCUACAGGCAUGGGGAAGAAACUCAAAGUCGGGAAGACCAGAAAAGACAAGUUCUACCACUUGGCCAAGGAAACAGGGUACCGCUCUCGGUCCUCCUUCAAGCUCAUCCAGCUGAACAGAAAGUUCUCGUUCCUGCAGAAGGCCAGAGCUCUGGUGGACCUGUGUGCCGCUCCGGGAGGAUGGUUGCAGGUGGCAUCCAAGUUCAUGCCUGUGUCAAGUCUUAUAAUCGGUGUUGACCUGGUGCCCAUCAAGCCCAUCCCCAACGUGGUGACCCUGCAGGAAGACAUCACCACUGAGAAGUGCAGACAGGCUCUCAGGAAGGAGCUGCAGACAUGGAAGGUGGACGUUGUCCUAAACGACGGAGCCCCUAAUGUGGGAGCCAACUGGCAGCACGAUGCCUUCUCACAGGCUCACCUGACCCUCAUGGCCCUCAAACUGGCCUGUGAGUUCCUGGCCAAAGGCGGCACUUUUGUCACCAAGGUUUUCCGCUCCAAAGACUACCAGCCGCUGCUCUGGAUCUUCCAGCAGUUCUUCAAGAAGGUGCAGGCCACCAAGCCGCAGGCCUCCAGGAACGAGUCUGCCGAGAUCUUCGUCAUCUGCCAGGGUUUUGUUGCCCCUGACAAAAUCGACAGCAAGUUCUUUGACCCGAAGCAUGCCUUCAAAGAGGUGGAGGUUCAGGCCAAGACUGUGAAAGACCUGAUUCCUGUCAAGAAGCCCAAGGCGGAGGGAUACACAGACGGUGAUCUGACACUCUACCACAGUUUCACACUGACGGCCUUCCUUAAAGCGGAGAACCCUGUGGACUUCCUGGGCAAAGCCAGCGAGAUCACCUUCGACAACGCCGACCUGGGGUCACACCAAGCCACCAGCGAUGAGAUUAAGGAGUGUUGUCGUGACAUCAAAGUCCUGGGCCGCAAAGAGCUCCGCCUGCUGUUGAACUGGAGGACCAAGCUGAGGAGAUACCUGGCCAAGAAACUGAGGACGGAGGCCAAGCAGCCCGACCUGGAGAUCAACUUAAGCUCUGACGAAGAAGCAAGCGAUGCAGAGGACGAGCCAGACCAGAAGAAACAGGCGGUUGAGGAAGAUGAGGAGGACGAGGAGGCAGAGAUGGAGAAGAAACUGGCGCAGCUGAAAGCCGAAGAGGUGGCCGACCUCAAACGGAAGAAGAGGAAGCUGCUGAAGGAGAGGAGGAAGCAGAGGGAGAGGGUCGAGCUGAAGAUGGACCUGCCAGGCGUCUCUAUCGCCGACACCACCGACUCAGCCAUGUUCUCCCUCAGCACCAUCAACAAAGCCAAGGCGCUUGCUGAAAUAUCCAAGGGCGACAUGCAGGGAGCAGACGCCCUAGCAGACGGAGAGGAGGACUUCCACUUCUCUGAGGAGGAGGACGAUGACGACAAAAUGUCCCUGGCCUCUGAUUUGGACGAUGAAGACCUGGAAGAGGUGGAGCAGAGACAGGAGGAACUGGAGAAGAAGGCAGCAAAAAAGAAGAAGGUGACCUUCAGUGAGAAGGAGGAGGAUGACGAAGGAGAGGAAAGUGGCUUGCUGGUGGAACUGGAAGAAAAGGAUGUGAAAAAAGAGCGAGAGACAAACCUGUGGUUCAGCAAGGGCAUCUUCUCUGAGCUCGGCCUGGAAGAAGACGCAGAGAGCGAACUCAGACAGGCUGAGUGGCUCCAGAGCAGGCAAACAACAGGAAAAGGCAAGAAGAGGAAGGCUGAGGAGGAGGAGGCAGAGGAACCAGUUCAGCAAGAGGAGGCGGAGGCGGAGGCGGAGGCGGAGGCGGAGGUGGAGGCGGGACCUUCACAGGAAGCUGAGGAGGAGAGUGACAGCGACUCAGACGAUGACAGCAGCGACGAUGAGAAGGAGAUUGCCAGGAUGAAGCAGGGCAGAGGGGCCGGUGGGCUCUCAGGAGCGGCUGAUGACGACGACUUCAAAGUUGUUCCUAUAGAAAGCACCAGUAAGCGAGCCAGGAUCCUGGACGCUGAAGGUUUGGCGCUGGGCUGCCAGAUCGCAACGUCCAAGAAGAGAGCCAGGGACCUGGUGGACGGCUCCUUCCACAGGUUUGCAAACUCGGAGCAGGAGUGGGAAAUUCCUGAUUGGUUUGUGGAAGACGAGAGGAAACACCGGAAGAAGCCGGUGCCCGUUACCAAGGAGAUGGUGGAGGAGUACAAGGAGAAAUGGAAGGAGAUCAACGCCCGGCCCAUCAAACGGGUGGCCGAGGCCAAGGCCAGGAAGAAGAGGAGGAUGCUGAAGAAGAUGGAGCAGGCGAAGAAGAAAGCGGAGGCGGUGGUCAACACAGUGGACAUUUCUGAGAGGGAGAAAAUGGCUCAGCUGAAGAGUAUCUACAAGAAAGCAGGCGUGGGCAAAGAGAAGAGAGAAGUGACGUACGUGGUGGCCAAGAGGGGCGCCGGCAAGAAGGUGCGUCGUCCCGCCGGCGUCAAAGGAGUCUUCAAAGUGGUGGACAGCCGCAUGAAGAAAGACAUGCGGGGAAUGCAGAGGAAAGAGCAGCGCGCCCCUGGGGGCAAAGGCAAGGGAGGCAAAGGCAAGGGAGGCAAAGGCAGGCCGGCAAAAGGCGGUAAAGGAGGGGUGAAGAGCGGAAAAGGGCGCAAAGGAAAAUAAAUAUGAACCUGUCGCUCCCGCAGGCCUGACUUGUGACCUCUUGACAUGUGACUGUUGACUGUUGCCUGCCGUCGUGUUGCAGGUGGGACUGUAGUAAAGGUCGGUGAACCAGGAUCACCGGUUCGGCUCCUGGACUGUGGGCGGAGCCUAAAAUGAACUCUGUUCAGACCCUCUCUCUAGCAGCCUUGACCAAGAUCCCUCAAAUGUGAGGUAUCAUCUUGGGAUAUUAAAAUGUUCUGUGUAUGUCUUUUAAAAGAGAUAUAUAUUAUUUGCCUUUAAAUCCAGUCUUGACUGCAGCGGUUUCAGUCAGUAACAUGAGCUGCUGCAAGAAAUUAUGUUUCACACAAUAAGUUCCGUGUCUACAGUACAUUAAAGUUAUUAGGUGGAACUGUAUGCGUUCUCGAGGAAAUUUUCUACUAUUCUUGUAAAUAUGAACUUCACAUCUUUAGCAAUAAAUAUGUUGACUGAAA